UUAAGAUUGCUGUAGUUUAGCCUGGGACGCUUUUGAUUAGAGUCAACACUUUGAAAUGGCCAACUCACUUGAUGCAGUCGUCUGCUCUCCACCUGCUUUCUUAAGGUCUGAUACAACAAUUUUAGAUGAUUUCAAGCCUACAGGCAUAUGUGAUAUUUACAAGUAGCUUGAACAACAGUCAGCUUUAUGUGAAGGUGCAUUAAUGUCUCCAAAAAGCUCGUGGCCUGAGGGUCAGUUUAUGAACCUCUUAAAAGCAUUCAUCUUCCAAAACCUGAUAAUGAAACUCUGUGGGAUAAAUUGGAUCAUUAUUACAGAAUUGUCAAGUCCACAUUGCUGCUGUAUCAAAGUCCAACCACUGGUCUGUUCCCAACUAAAACAUGCGGUGUUGAUCAGAAGGCCAGAAUCCAGGACAGUCUCUACUGUGCUGCUGGAGCUUGGGCGUUGGCACUAGCAUACAGGCGCAUUGAUGAUGACAAGGGAAGGACCCAUGAGCUGGAACACUCCGCUAUAAAAUGUAUGAGAGGAAUUCUCUACUGCUACAUGCGUCAGGCUGAUAAGGUCCAGCAGUUUAAGCAGGAUCCACGCCCAACAACAUGUCUUCACUCUGUUUUCAACGUGCAUACUGGAGAUGAGUUGCUGUCUUAUGAGGAAUACGGUCAUCUUCAGAUAAAUGCAGUGUCACUUUAUAUCCUUUACCUUGUGGAAAUGAUCUCUUCAGGACUCCAGAUUAUCUAUAACACUGAUGAGGUCACUUUCAUUCAAAACCUUGUGUUUUGUGUAGAAAGAGUUUACCGUGUACCCGACUUUGGUAUCUGGGAAAGAGGAAGCAAAUACAACAAUGGCAGCACAGAGCUACAUUCCAGCUCUGUUGGCUUAGCAAAAGCAGCUCUAGAGGCAAUUAAUGGAUUCAACCUCUUUGGCAACCAGGGCUGUUCAUGGUCAGUUAUAUUUGUGGAUCUUGAUGCUCACAAUCGCAACCGGCAGACUUUGUGCUCACUGUUACCCCGAGAAUCAAGAUCUCAUAACACAGAUGCCGCCUUGCUCCCUUGCAUCAGUUAUCCUGCAUUUGCCCUGGAUGAUGAAGUGCUGUUCAGUCAGACGCUUGACAAAGUAGUGAGAAAAUUAAAAGGAAAAUAUGGCUUUAAGCGUUUCUUGAGGGAUGGAUAUAGAACAUCAUUGGAAGAUCCCAGCAGACGCUACUACAAACCAGCUGAAAUUAAGCUAUUUGAUGGCAUUGAAUGCGAAUUUCCCAUAUUUUUCCUCUACAUGAUGAUUGAUGGGGUUUUUCGAGGCAAUCCCGCACAAGUCAAGGAGUAUCAGGACCUUUUGACUCCAGUGCUUCAUCAGACUGUGGAAGGAUAUCCUGUUGUACCAAAGUACUAUUAUGUGCCAGCUGAUUUUGUAGAAUGUGAAAAAAGAAACCCCGGUAGUCAAAAGCGAUUUCCUAGCAACUGUGGCCGUGAUGGAAAACUGUUUCUCUGGGGACAAGCGCUUUAUAUCAUCGCCAAACUGCUAGUGGAUGAAUUAAUCAGUCCUAAAGACAUUGAUCCUGUUCAGCGCUAUGUCCCACUACAGAACCAACGUAAUGUGAGCAUGAGGUUCUCCAAUCAGGGCCCACUGGAAAAUGAUUUGGUAGUUCAUGUAGCACUUGUAGCAGAGAGCCAACGCCUUCAAGUUUUUCUUAAUACAUACGGUAUUCAAACUCAGACUCCUCAACAAGUAGAGCCCAUUCAGAUAUGGCCGCAGCAGGAGCUUGUUAAAGCUUAUUUCCACCUGGGUAUCAAUGAAAAGCUAGGACUCUCUGGAAGGCCAGACAGGCCGAUUGGCUGCCUCGGUACAUCAAAGAUUUAUCGCAUUCUAGGAAAGACUGUGGUUUGUUACCCUAUCAUCUUUGACUUAAGUGAUUUCUACAUGUCUCAAGAUGUUUUACUGCUGAUAGAUGACAUAAAGAAUGCACUACAGUUCAUUAAACAAUAUUGGAAAAUGCAUGGACGCCCACUUUUUCUCGUUCUUAUCCGGGAAGACAAUAUAAGAGGUAGCCGGUUCAACCCCAUAUUAGAUAUGCUGGCAGCCUUUAAAAAAGGAAUGAUUGGAGGAGUCAAAGUCCAUGUUGAUCGUCUACAGACACUAAUAUCAGGAGCUGUAGUAGAACAACUUGACUUUCUACGAAUCAGUGGCACAGAAGAGCUUCCAGAAUUUAAGAGUUUUGAAGAAUUGGAAUUUCCCAAACAUUCAAAAGUUAAACGACAAAGCAGCACCCCUGAAGCUCCUGAACUGAUAAAGCAGCCAGACAUCACCAUUGCUGAGUGGAAAAACAAAUCCACCCACGAAAUUCUUCAGAAACUGAAUGACUGCACUUGUCUGGCCAGCCAAGCCAUCCUGCUGGGUAUACUGCUCAAAAGAGAAGGCCCCAACUUCCUCACUAUGGAAGGUACCGUUUCUGAUCACAUUGAGAGAGUCUAUAGAAGAGCUGGCAGCAAAAAGCUUUGGUCGGUUGUACGCCGUGCAGCAAGUCUUUUAAGUAAAGUAGUGGACAGCCUGGCCCCAUCCAUUACUAACGUUUUAGUGCAGGGAAAACAGGUAACUCUGGGUGCCUUCGGGCAUGAAGAAGAAGUUAUCUCUAACCCUUUGUCUCCAAGAGUGAUUAAGAACAUCAUCUAUUAUAAGUGUAAUACUCAUGACGAGAGGGAAGCAGUCAUUCAGCAAGAACUGGUCAUACUUAUUGGCUGGAUCAUCUCCAAUAAUCCUGAGUUAUUCAAUGGCAUGCUGAAAAUACGAAUUGGGUGGAUCAUUCAUGCUAUGGAGUAUGAACUACAGAUCCGUGGCAAAGACAAGCCAUCCAUAGACUUGUAUCAACUGUCACCUAGUGAGGUUAAACAGCUUCUGUUGGAUAUUCUGCAGCCUCAGCAGAGUGGAAGGUGCUGGCUGAACAGGCGUCAGAUCGAUGGGUCUCUGAACAGGACCCCCCCUGGCUUCUAUGACCGUGUGUGGCAAAUCCUGGAACGCACACCCGAUGGGAUCAUUGUGGCCGGCAAGUAUUUGCCACAGCAACCAACCCUAUCAGAUAUGACCAUGUAUGAGAUGAAUUUUUCUCUCCUUGUUGAAGACAUGUUGGGAAAUAUUGACCAGCCAAAGUACAGGCAGAUCAUUGUGGAGUUACUAAUGGUGGUUUCCAUUGUACUGGAAAGAAACCCUGAGCUAGAAUUUCAAGACAAAGUGGAUCUAGACAAACUGGUAAAAGAAGCAUUUCAUGAAUUUCAAAAAGAUGAGAGUCGACUAAAAGAAAUUGAAAAACAAGAUGACAUGACUUCCUUUUACAACACUCCCCCCCUGGGAAAAAGAGGAACAUGCAGCUAUUUGACAAAGGCUGUGAUGAAUUUGCUGCUGGAAGGAGAAGUCAAGGCAAGCAGUGAGGACUCUUGUCUGGUUAGCUAGUGAGAAGGUAGAAGGGGCUCUGCUGAGACUGACUGUGCAGCAGUGUGUGGAGGUUCGUGCUACAGCUUCCUCCAGGCAGCCAUUCACUCACUGCUUAUGAUGGUGAGGAGGUUGCCGUGGCCUGGCAAAGCAGUGGACCUCUUGCAUGUCAUCGCCAAUCUAAUGGUGAGAAAUGUUUUAAUCAAGUGAUUCAUCUUCGUCAUUAUGCCAGCUACAGUAGCCUUCUCUGGACAAUAGAAAUAGCUUAUGAAUUGAAAAAUCAUUGCUGCAUGUUUUAUAAUCAAAGAGUUCAUCAGAGCUGGACGUGGUGGUGCACACCUGAUAUCCCAGCACUCGGGAGGCUGAGGCAGGGAAGAUCACUGUUCAAGAACAGCUUGGACUACAUAGCAAGACUGAGUGAAAAGGAAGAGAGAGGAAAGGAAGAAGGAAAGAAAGGUGAGACAGAGAAAAUACAGCUGCAUUAAAAUGAAUCAUUGCUCUUUAGACUGAACUUGCACCUUUCUGCCAUUAAAAUGAAUUAGCCAACUAGUAAUGCUUACUGUGAAUCAAAAGGUACUGGAGAAGUGAGAGCAUCUGGAAGUGGCACUGUCAUGUUAGAUGAUGGUAGUGCGCAUCCUGAAGGCCAAGGAGGCAGCUGAGUUUCAGAAACCGCGAUGUUAGUAUUUUAGUAUAUAAAGCAAUUGUACAAUUUUUACCUUGAGCACCUGACUGUGGUUUUGUGUUUGUGUGAGGUAUCAGAAUUGCACUGAAAUCUAAUAUAUAAAUCUGUGCCUUAUCAGACAUUUUCUUUCAAUUACCAAUCAAUACAGAACAUAUUUAGGCUGAUUCAGAAGUAUGUUAAACUUAGGACUAUUAACCUUCUAAAAGCAAAAUUAAAUGUCAUUAAAUUUUAUUUCUGAAUUAAUGUAUCUGGACAGAUUGCUUAUUCAAGCUCACAAUAUUGAGUUUAAUGCUCCUGAACAUUCUCAUCUAGUGGCUUUGGACAUAGAGUGAAAAAUAAUCUGUAGUACUUACCAUUAUACAUUUUUGCUAUCAAAUAUACUUAAGCAAAAUUAAUAAAAAUUAAAAUAUUAAACAGUUGAA